UCGAUGAGAAGAAAAUUCCUAUACCGUUUUUUCUAACCCAUCUAGAGACUUCCCCGAUUUUAUUGAAAAGAUUCAACUCGUAAAAAUCUAUAAAAUGAGAAAGAUCUCGCUAUUUGGCGCAGAAUGUCUGCUGAUGUAAUGGUGGCGGGUUUCAUAUGGAUUAAUCCAUUAAUCAAUCAAUUUAUUUUCUAGGUUAAAACGCAAAAAGAAAUAUUGUGCACAGCAUUACACCAAUCUCGGUGUUUAUUUGUUAUUUUUGGUAAUUAAUAUCUCUUUUCUACAUUUAGAUUUGAUGCAUCAAAACAAAUUGCUAAUCCAGAUGUAUUACGUCAUUUUGAUCAAAUAUCAAAAGAUUUAAUAUCAAAAGAAUUUAAUGGAAAACCAUUUUAUACAAUAGCCGAAUAUAUACCGGCAACAAGUGAAAUAACAAGACCAAAUGGUCCAUUAGAUAGUGUUUGGCGUAAUAUAUUUUUUACGUUAGAAGAACAAUUUAAAAAACCAGAUGAAUUUAAAAUUGAUAAAUUAAAACGAUUGAUUAAUCCAAAAGAUGCAGAAAUGUAUGAAACUAGUGAACGUUGUGUAAUUUAUUAUGCAUCACAUGAUCAAGAACGUAUAAUGAGAAUAUUUGGUAAUAUGAAAUAUUCAGACGAUGAAGCAUCUAAACGAUAUAAAUUUUCUAUGAUUAUUUUAUUAACGGCAAUUGGUGUACCAAUGUAUUAUAUGGGUGAUGAAUUUGGCCAAUCAAACGAACAAGGUAAGUGACUAAGAUGAAGAAGAAAUGUUAAAAGAGUUAAUAAAAAGAUUUGUUUAUUUGUUAUUUUUUUAUUUUGUCGAAAGUGAUUGUUCCAGGUUUUGCAUUCAUUCAUGCAAUCAAUGAGUGAUUGAAACGAAAUUUUUUUUUUAAAAAGUAUGUUUCAUUAAACGUGAGAUGAGUUAUGUAUUCGACAUUUCGAUUUUAGUUGAAAAAAGUGUUUAAAACGAACAUAGCUAAAAUUUUGAAUAUUUUUCUUUUUGGCAAAAAUGAGAAGAAAACGAAAUUCUCUAUGGUAAAUCCCACUCUUCAAAUUUUAUUACCUUUUAGAUAUCUUACAGUGGAAAGUAAAAUAUAAAAAUCAAUCUAACUAUUUUCGUUUAUCAGCACAGACGUUCCUUCACGGCUUAUUUUACCCUAGGUGGAUACAGAUGACCCGCACAACAGAAUGCUUGUCUCACAGUGAGCAUCUCUCCACAGAACAGGUGAUGUUAAUGCUAAGACGGGUGAGAAUGCCGCGAUAGUUUACUGUUAGAACAGCCACUACGGAUGAGGUAAGACAGAUGCGAUGCCUACUGGAGGCAGGUUGUUUUUUCAUUCUGUCGUUGUCAUAGCAUCUAGCUGUUAGUAUAUGGGUGUAGGCGCGCACCAAUACAAUAUUAUUGUAUACCCAAUAUUUUGGAAUCAGUAAUAUUGGUCACCCCAACGUAUUGGGUUUUCACAAUAUUAUUGGUUAUUGGGUUUGCUUGAGUUUAGCCUAUGUUUAUAGUACAGACGCAUGCUCUAUAUUCCGUCUUGAAACUAAGUAUAACCCAGUUAGGCAAGCACCGAUAAAUAAUCGAUGUUAGGGCAUCCAGCAAAGUCGUUCCGAAUCAGUUACAAAACAACACUUAUGAGGGAACCUCCUGAGAUGCUAAAAUCUUUCUGAAUGGCUAUUUUUAAAAUGUAGGCCUUCAUGGGCUAUGAAGAACCCCC